CCCGGCCCCUCCCCCAGCCGGCUUUUCGAGAACCGCCGCGGGACAGAUGUCCAGAAUCUGUCCGAAGUUUAGACCGUUCAUGUUUCUGGAUGUUAGGAUCGGAAAAUGCUCUUAGACGAUGAAGCAUCAGAGGAUGAAUCAGAUUCAGUUUCUUCAAACAGUGAAGCUACCUUUUGAAAUAUGUGACCAUUCUACAUUUUAAAUGAUAGCAACAUCCCUAAUGGACAUACAUUAUGGAAGAUUUGGACUUGGUGAAAACUAUACAUGAAGCCUCUCCAUCGUCUAUAGAAUCUGAUGUCAGAAGUAUUCAUCAUUCUGUUGGAUGUAACUUAAAUAAUAGCAGAAGUAGUCCCCUCCUUAGUACAAAUGGGGUAUCCUCUUUCUCAGGGAAGACAUCUGUAAUUCAAGGUGCAUUUGAAGUCUUAACCUCUUUUAUGCAAGAUCUACAAAACAGUGGAAGGACUGAUUCAGAAAUUUGGAGGAACUGUGAGCAGUAUGAAAAUACAAAGAUACUGUCAUAUUAUGAUGCUGAAGUUCAGUUCCAGAUCAGGUGGUUGCAGUUAUUCAGCUUGGUAGAGAAACAGUGUCAAGAGCAGAUUGCUGCCCAGCAACAGCAAUUCUACAGUCAAAUCCAACGUAUACAAGAGGAGAUCCAAAAUUUAGUAAAACUGCAGAUUAACAGUAGUUUGUGGAACCCCUGCAAUGAAAACUCUCCCAACAAACUUGCAAAUGCUUUUUCUACAUUAGAAAGCCAAAUGGUAUCGUGUUCCGAAAUCUGUGAGGGAAAUGAGCACACUAUUAGCCAACCUAAUACUGAGGAACCUAAAAUUAAGCCAAAAACUUCUGCUUCACAUCAAGAUAGUACCGUGGAUAGUAUUUCAGUGAGCAGCGGAUAUGGUACCUUCAGUGCCGCAGAGCUAAAUCCCAACCCACGGAAAAACACGAAAGAGUUCAUGGAGCGAAAAGAAGAAGUUUCCAAAGGACAAGAUGAAGCAUCUGUGGCAUCGAAGGACCCAUCAAAAGAUAAUAUAAAAAACCAGAGAGUAUGUAUACAAACCAUUGAAGAGUUUGGUUCAUCUUUAAAAGAAGAUAUUUCUAUGUGUCCUAAUGAACUUGAGCAUAGUUUUGCCGAUGAAGCUAAGAGUUUUGAAGAGCAACUAGGAAAAACCAGCAGUAGUAAGUCUUUAACAUCUUGGGCACAAAAGUUGAAACAAAACCAGCCAAAAAAAGCACACGUGGAAGAGGGAGGUUCCUACUCUAUGCAAGGAAAUGAACAAGCCAAGAAAGCAACAAUUGAGAAUCCCGAAAUCACUGCUGAUACACAUCCUCCUGCCUUUUACCUCAGUAAACCAGAUGAAAGUCCAAAUUCUCUGAUGUCUGAAGCAUCAGGAUUGACUUACUGGAAGCUAGAAGAGAAAGAACUGUAUCAUUCUUUGCCAGAGACUUCGGAAAAUACACUUUCAAGUGUUUUCCCCUCGAAAGUCUUACCGAACCAGUCUAACUCUGGAAUUGAGGUGAAGCUGCCAUCGCUGAAAGAAAUUUAUCAUAAAAAACAAAAGGAAAACAAGCAGCUCCCUGAAUGGACUCUCUCUUCUGCUUCUCAUUCAAGUCAUCCUCCAGAGGUUUUGACACUCGAUCCAACGCUACACAUGAAGCCAAGUCUACAAAAUCUAGGGAUUCCAUCCCAAAACCUUUUAAGUACUCUCGAUGACAGAAUCUCAUUUUCUCCUGACUCUGUGUUAGAACCUAGUAUGUCUAGUCACUCUGAGAGUGAUACGUUUUCUCAAGCAAGUAAUAUCACUUCCUCUCAGUUGGGUGGAUCCCCAAAAUAUCCUUCUAGUAUUCAAGCUUCAUGCAUGGAUUCUUGGAAAAGUCAUGCAUUCCAAAAUGAAAGGAAUACCAGCCCUACUUUUCCCUUAGCAUAUACUGUUGCUGGUAAUGACCUCCUAAUCAACCCCGAAGAUGAAGAAAAUACCAUAAUAUUAACUCCUUCAUCAACCAUUCAAUCACCAUUUCCAAGUGCAGACAACAGCUUACCAGAAGGCAAUGUUUCAGUGACUUCCUUUGACGACCCAGUGAUGCUAUCUAAAAUUAGGCAGAACCUGAGGAGAAAACAUGAACGACAUAUAGCUGAUCUUCGGGCUUAUUACGAUGCAGAGAUACAUAGCUUGAAACAACAACUGGAAGCAAAUAAUAUGGCAUCUACGUCUGAAGAUUUGAAGAAAACCAACCAGAAUCUUAUAGACAGAUGUGACCAAUUAGAGAGUGCUCUGAAUGAAGCUAAUACUUACGUGAGAACCCUUGAAAAUAAGAACAAUUUGCUGGAAAUGGAAGCGGCUGAUUGGAGAGAACGCUUUAAUGCAAUCAGUAGUGCCUCCAAAGUUUUGCAGGAACGAGUAGAAGAAAUGCGAAUAAGUAAUAAGGAAAAAGAUAACAGCAUCAGUCGACUAAAAUCUAGGCUGAAGGACCUAGAAGAAGCUUUUGAGAAGGCGUACAAGCUAGCAGAUGAUAAAGAUGCUAGAAUAAAGCAGGAAAACAGAGUAUUUCAAAAUUGUAAUGUUUUUAAGCUCCUAGGAGAAUACGAAUCCCUUGGAAGAGAACAUGAAAGAGUGAAGGAUACACUCAGUGCAACUGAGAAUAAAUUGUUCGAUGCACAUACUCAAAUUUCUGAUUUGAAAAGAACAAUUUCAAAACUUGAAGUCCAAGUCAAGCAAGUUGAACACGAAAGUAUGUCCAAACUCCGACAUAAUACCAAAGGUCAUUUGAGAACAUCAAAUUUCAAGUACCAUUCUCCUCCGGAAAAGGAUUUCUCAUGUGAAGGUGACCGCACAACUUUAAUGGCAAAGAAAGAAAAGGAGACCUCAGAUACACCAAUUAUGAAAGCUUUGAAAGAAUUUGAUGAAGGAAGAGCAUUUAAAAAUUGGGGCACACAGACUGAGAAAGAGGACCAAUCAAUCAAAGCAUUAAAUAGCCGGCACAGUGUUGGCUUUGCUGAAUCACCAUUCAAUGUCACUCGGUCCCCAGAGAAAGGUAAAGACCAACAUAGGCCAAAGAGGUUCACGUCAUCGGCUGCACAGAGAUCAUCAUCUCUUCCGCCUUCAAACAGAAAACCUAAUACUCCAACAAAAAGGGAGAUAAUGCUUUCACCAGUGACCGCGACUUAUAGCCCAAAGCGAUCUCCAAAAGAGAAUCUCUCCCCAGGAUUCAGCCAUCUGCUUAGCCAAAACGAAAGCAGUGUAACUCGUAGAUUUGAUGUACUCUUGGAUGAUUUGGAUAGUGUUCCUGUGUCUUCAAUUCAACAGAGCAGUCCAAGAAAACGAUUGCAGUUCCUUUCUUUCAGUGAUGAAGAAGAAAAUAAACUUUCAAACAAGGAUAACCAGGUGAAGCAUAGCUUUUGUGCUGGACCAUUCCCUAGCAGAAUGACAAGAGGAUCUGUGGGGUCAGCCUGGGAGGAGACUAUGUCGGUUCCCAACGAUGAAUGUACAUCUCUAUCAGUUACACCAUAUGGUGAAGAUUUCGAGUACACGGCAAGAAUUAGGACACUAGCUGAAACUGAGAGGCUUUUCGAUGAGCUUAUUCAAGAAAAACAACAGAUUGAAGCAGCUCUAAGCCGAAUGCCUUGUACUGGAGGAAGAAUGACCUUGCAAACAAGAUUAAACCAGGAAGCCUUGGAAGAUCGCUUGGAAAAGAUUAAUCGAGAACUGGGCUCAAUUCGUAUGACGUUGAAGAAAUUUCAUGUUUUGCGUACCUCUGCAAAUCUCUGAGAUUUGUAUCUAUGAAAAUUUGAAAGAUUUUUGUUUGCACUAAUGGAUAAUUAUGCACUCUGAAAAUGCAAACUGUUUUGUACUCUUUGUAAAGCCUCGAGUAAUUUUGCAGUCAUGCUAUUCUUUAAAUUUAAUAUUUUGUACUUCAAACAGCCACAUAUAUUUUAAAGAUAUUUUUGUUAUUCUCAGGAAUCUGUUAGCUGUAUAUUUUACUAUUUAAAAAGUGUUAUUUUUAAAUAGUAUAUGUAUCCAAUUUAUAGUAAGAAUAAGGAAGUAUAAACAAAGGCAGCUUGUUUUCUAAACAAAUAACGUUACUUUUACAGUUCACUUUGCACACCCUUUUUAUAGACUUACAUUGUACUGUAAAUAAUAUACAUUAACCUUGAUUUAUUUUUUUUAAUAAUUAGGAAUAGAUACCAUAAAGCUUAACAGUAGAACUGUAAUAUGAUGAAAUUUAAUUUCAUGUAGACAUUUGUUUUUUACAAAGUAUCCUGUCUUUUUAGUUUUCUUCAUUAGGCUUUUAAAAUUAUGAUCCUCUUCUGUUUCAAAUACAAUAAUUGGCACAUUAGAAAACUGAGUAGGUAGAUUUGAAAAUAAACCGAAAAUGGAUGAAUCCUUCGA